AAGUCAAUACCAUUUUCAUAAAUAUUUAUUGAUUAAAUACCUUGCGAUACUAUUUCGACGCCAUUAGCAAUUCAAACAUAAAUUAUGUGGCUUAAAGAAUGCCGUGUUCUACAUUUCAUGUUAAUUUUAUUAUCAAGUUUUAUGGAUUCGAGUGAAUAUUAUGAUAAUAGAACGAAUAAAUUUCCAAACGAUUUUAUAUUUGGCGUAGCAACGUCGGCUUAUCAAACAGAAGGUGCUUGGAAUGUGUCAAACAAAGGUGAAUCUAUAUGGGAUAAAAUGAUUCAUGAAAAUCCAUAUACAAUUGAUGACCAAAGUAAUGCUGAUAUUGCAACUAAUUCUUAUUAUAUGUAUAAAACAGACAUAGAUCUUGCUAAACAAGUUGGAGCAACUGCAUACAGGAUUUCUAUAUCUUGGCCAAGAAUUUUACCUAAUGGUUUUAGUAACUACAUUAAUAGAGAAGGAAUCGAUUAUUAUAACAAUGUGAUAAAUGAAAUGUUGAGACAAAAUAUCACACCUUAUAUUACAUUAUUUCAUUGGGAUUUACCUCAAAAACUACAAGAAUUGGGCGGAUGGACAAAUCCUUUGAUUGUUGACUGGUUUGUAGAUUUUGCUAGGGUAGCUUUUGAAGCUUUUGGUGAUCGCGUUAAAAAUUGGUUUACUUUCAACGAACCAAACUUCUACUGCAUGUUCGGUUAUAAUGGAUUAUUUCCACCGAGAGUUAACCAAUCUGGAAUUGCCAGUUACAUUUGUGGUCACAAUGCAUUAAUAGCUCACGCAAAAACAUACAGAAUGUAUAAUGAACAAUUUCAGAAUAAACAACGAGGUUCAGUUUCAUUAGUGGUAGCACUCAUGUGGUUUCAUCCGGAAAAUGUAAAUGAUCCCAAUGAAUUUACAGCAGCCAUGCAAACAACUGAUUUUUGGAAUAGUUGGUUUUUGAAUCCAAUAUUUUCAAAUAAAGGCGACUAUUCAGAUUCGAUGAAAAAAAAAAUUUCAAUGCACAGUUCUAUUCAAGGAUUUAGUAAAUCAAGACUCCCUAGUUUUACGAGUGAACAAAUUGAUAUGAUCAGAAAUUCAUCAGAUUAUCUGUCAAUAAAUUAUUACCGUAGUCUGAAAUUUGUCAAGUGGCCAGAACCUGACGUCAAAUCAACGAUAUCUUUUUUUGCGGACAUUGGUGCCAUAGUUAAUUUCGAUACUGAAGAUGAUUUACUGAGAAAUGAUUCCUCGCUAUGUUCUACGAGAUGCACACCAUGGGCUCUUACUGCACUUAUUUCGAAUUUGAGCAAAAAAUAUAACAACCCAAAGAUGCUGGUUACUGAAAAUGGUUUUAGAGACAAUGGUGAUUUAGAUGAUAAAAAACGUGCAGAAUAUUAUCGGCUUCACUUCAUAGAAAUUUUAAAAUUAAUAAAGCGAGGAUACGAAAUAAAAGGAUAUUUCGCUUGGUCUCUUAUUGAUGUCUUCGAAUGGACUGCUGGUUACACACAAAAAUAUGGACUUUUUUCAGUUAAUUUCACUGACCCACGACGUCCUAGAACACCUAAAUUAUGGUCCACUGACUUUAUAACUCAAUUUUAUAAAACUGGAAUCAUACCAGCGCCAGCUUGGCUCGAUGCGCAAUUGCCUUUGAAAAAAAUAAAUAAUUUAUUUAUGUAAUCAAAACUAUAGUGAUAAAUUUUUUUGUGAUUGUGUAAUAA